GCCGGGCGCCCCGCCGGGCCGGCGCUGCCCUCCUCCCGCGGGCGGCCCCGCUCCCGCCCCGGGCCGAGCCGCUCCUGGAGCGCCGGGGGCGGCGGCGGCGGGGCCGAUGGUGGCGGCGCGGCGGCGGUGGCGCUGGGGGGUGCCGGUGCUGCUGGCGGCGUACGUGGGCUACCUGGGGCUGGGCGCCGCCGUGCUGCAGGCGCUGGAGCGGCCGGCCGAGGUGCAGGCGGCCCAGCACCUCCUCCGGGAGCACUGGGAGCUGCUGGCCAACCACACCUGCCUGCAGGGGCCCGCCCUGCAGCGGCUCAUCGAGGGUAUCAUCCAAGCCUACAAGAGUGGCAUAACCCUCCGGGGAAACACCACUAGCCUGGGCAGGUGGGACUUCAGUGGGUCUUUCUUCUUCUCCAUCUCUGCAAUAACAACUAUUGGCUAUGGGAACCUGAGCCCCAGCACUGCGGCUGGUCGAAUCUUCUGCAUCGUGUUUGCACUUUUUGGGCUCCCCUUGAACCUUGUACUCCUGAAUGAAAUCGGGCAGCUGAUGCUGCUUGGGGUUCAGCAUUGUGCCCGUCGCCUAGAGGAGGUGUUUCACUGGCAGAGGAAAGCUUCCUUCCUGGUGAAGACCUGUGCACUGGUAACUGGCUUGUUAUUGUUCCUCCUGCUACCUCCCUUGUUAUUCUCUGAAAAAGAAGGCUGGUCUUAUGAAGAAGGCUUCUACUAUUCCUUCAUUACCCUCAGCACUAUAGGGUUUGGAGACUAUGUGAUUGGGAUGAACCCAGAUCGCACCUAUCCAAGCUGGUACAAGAAUGUAAUCUCUCUGUGGAUCCUCUUUGGGAUGGCCUGGCUAGCACUGGUUAUCAAAUUUUGCAUCAACAUUCUAGAGAGCUCCAGUGACUUCUGUCAAUGCAACAAGAAGAACAUGGAGAUGGCAGAAGACUUAAUGGAUGGAAACAAAAAUAGCACGAGUGGAAUUCAAAGUGCGGAGAUCUGCAGCGACAAAGACACAAAAAUUAAAGGAUCAGUUGAAUCUCACUCUUACACAGUUCCUACAGAAGCCCUCUAGGGAAGAAAAAUACCCUUAGUGUCUUGUAGAUUUUAGUGCACCAGAGAUAAACCAUUUAGAAAUGUGUAAGUGGAGCUGCCCUGACCUGUGAAUGAGGUGAAAGUUUGCUUUUUAAGCUUGAAUUGCUUUUAUUCUGAAUUGAGCAAUGACAGAAUGUUUCAUUUACUGCACCACCAAGUAUUACCUACAGGACUCUUAGCCAGAAGUAGAUUUAUGGAAAUGUUACUUGCCCUCCCACCUCAGUGUAUGAGGUAAUCUUUGACAUCCCUGAGCAACACUAGCUGUUGUCCAUUUCUUUGCAUGAUUCUUGCAGCCUCUAGUUUUACUUAUGGCACUUUGCAAAUGCCACAGCCAUAACAGCAAGUGCCAUUUAAUGCAGGAAACAAGUAGCAUAUUGCCAAAAGAAAUGAACAGCACUGUUUAAAGUUAUCUGGCAGUCAUGGCAAAUGUGCACCAUCGCCUAUAUCCUUGUGCUUGUGAAAGGUAGUAACAAGGUUUUGCUCCCUGAUCAUUCGUACAGGGAUGGCAAUGAGGAAGAGCUUGUAGAGGUGCCUGAUGAAAACAGAUCAUUCCAUUUUUUUAAAGUAAUUUCUACAUCAGAGUUCUGCUAACAGAAGGAGACUACUGGGUAGGCUAUUCCUUACUUCAGAACUUAGGUGGGCUCAUCCUUUGAAGUAUUUUGCAGACCAAAUGUCAUCAGCUAAAUGUGAUAGUUCAUUUAGAUAGAUUUGUAUUUUGCCACAUCUUGCAAGUCAGAAAAGGAGGACUAGAUGCAUAUUAAAGACUCAGUGGUUCCAACAUUUUCCUAUUGCCAAUAUUAACAAGGGCUACUUCAAUCUAGAAACAGACUGAAUUUGUUUCAACUAUGAUCAAGAGAUGUGAUUAUGAUGAACUUCUCAUGUCAUGAAUGAUUUGUGUACCUGUGCUAUCUAACAUCUCACAUAUAAUCACAAAGGCCUUAGAUCUGCAGAAUGCCAGACAUGCUUAUUUUUUUUUUUGUGUCAGUCAUGAAACAGGCUUGACUGGGUCUUUUUGGUUCCAUUAAAUUCUCAAAAAUCUUUUGAUGUAUUAUGCCAUUUAUAAAGGCACAGCAGAGUCUAACUCCUGGUGCUGUUUGUAAUCCAUUAUCUGUUCUUCUCAUUUUGUUAUUCCUGUUGUGCUAUUUGCAUCCUAAGCAUUAACUUUGAAAAUGUCACCGUGGCAGCAAACCAGAAUGAAGCAUCUGAUUGAGCCUUCAGCUUUUGCAAUGAACCAAGAUUCCAUGGUGUUGUUAGAGAAAAGACUGAAAACAGCAUCAGCUCGAGUAUGGGACUGAGGAAUUAGAAAUAUCCAUAGCCAUAUUCACAGAAAUGGAGUGAGUGAAAAGUGUACAGUCUUCAGGAACACAAAUUCCGAAAUAUAUAUUGAGAAAAAAGUGAUUCCAGAAGAGGUCAGUCUGAGUGUUGAUAUCUGGUGGAACUAAUUACGGGAAAAAAACUCAGCAAAGGGAUCAGCUGAAUGAAAUUUAGUCUGUUGACCUUUUUCUGAUUGCACAGUAGUAAAUGUUCUCUCAAAUACUGUUUGAAGGAGCAGCAGAGAUCAGGAAGGGAGGCAGUGGACCUCUUGGAUCAUACUGAUGCAAAUAAAUACAUUUCAAAUUUUUGAACAUUGGGUAAUUUCUUUAACAACCUUUAGCAUUAACUUCCCUGUUCCAUGUUUUAUCUUGGAUAUUUUCACUGAUGGAUACACAAUGUAGGUUUUUACUGGCCUAUGUGAAGAAAAGAAUGUCUUUCUUUAAACAUGAGUAAAUUACAAUUCCACUUCACAAAAUGUGGUACCCUUUAAUGCAUAUCCUUUGAACAAUUUUACACAUGCAAAACUUAGUAUAGGUGUAUGGUAAAAUCUGGAUGCCCAGGAAGUAGUAGAGUUUCCAUGCCUAUGAAUGACUAUGUUAAUGUGGUUCAACUUUUACUUGAAAUCACAGUCACAGACUCUGGGGAUUUCUACCAAAUCUGCUCUUUGAUGACACAGCUUAUAGAAAAGUUGAGAAGAGUUUUUUCUUUUGACUUUGAAUGUCUAUUAUUUUAAUCUCAUUUAAUGUUCCAAUGUAUUUUUUAGCCUUUGGAUGGGGUCUUCAAAAGUGCCUUAGAAGUUUAGGCACCCUGGUCCCACCGUAGAUCAGAGUUAUGAGUCUUUGGGCAGCUAAUGUACAUUUCUGAGAGGCAAAGGGGAGAGUAACUUGAGGAAUAGAAUUGAAAAAAAAUGAUAAAAACCUUUUGCAGAUCUCAGUGCUUCCACUGUAUGUCAGGGUUCAGCCACAGACUUGGGCACAUGGCUGGGUCUGGAGAUGCCUCAUUAUCUGCCCCAGCUGUCCAUUCUGAGUCACUUCCUCCUGCAGCCCAGCUGCCCAGCCACUCACCACCAGCAGAGUCCUGCCACCCACAGUCUGAAUUCCCAUACUUUGUGGGAGACACAUCAGAACUGCUGUCAAGCCACACAUACCUCCAGAGCUACAAGUGCUUCCUUGGAUCUUGGAUCACCAAAAAUAUUAGGAAUGAAUAAGUCAGAUACCAUCUCUGACUGGGUUAUCUGACAAUGAAUUAGCAUGUUGUCUCUUAUGAAUAUCCUUUUUUUGACAAUUCCUCUCUGCUAGCUUUUGAUGUGGACAGUAGAUAUUAAUAUGAGUCCCCUCAAAGUGCUGUAUCUCUGGUCUUUCUGUUCUUUAUAAAGCUAUGUUGUGGUUAAAUGAUAUGAAUGAAGUUGUUCUCAGAGGGAUGAGAAGAAAGUGGAAUUUUGCAACAUCACAAAAACAUCAUCAUCAAUGUGUCUAUUAUACCAAAAUAUGAAAGGUUAUCUUCUCAAGGGUAAAAUAAAGAAAACAAAAGCAUGAUCUUAUUAUCAUUCUUGUCACAGCUGACUUGCAGUCUUCUGUACUCUGCACUGGAAAAUUACAGAUGCUCCUUGAUUGGUUUUUU